GCCAAUGCGUUCGUUGAGAGCUAUCGCUUGACAGGUAGUUGUAAGCGCCGAUGAGAAAAUAAUAUACUAUUGGAAAAAAAUCACUGACGCGCGAGGUAUAGAGAGCAAACAAAGCGCGGAAUUUAUAUUUAAAAAUUUAUUUAAAACAUCUUUUAGACAUUCGGCUGUUGGAUUGAGCGAAACGAACCUAUCGGGUUUUAUUAAAAAAAAACUUUAUUUUAAAAUCCGAACCGCUUGUUUGUUUUUUUUUUUUUUUAAUAAACAGGUCUUGUGCGUUUUAAGUGAGAAGUUUUAUAGUGUUUUUAAAAUGGGAUCGGACGAAGGAAACAGCGCUAUAAGGCCAAAGGCAUGUCUUGGGGUGCGGCAUCUUCAGGCCCUGAUGCUGUUCUUGGCGAUGGUGCUCGCGUUUGGAAUGCGAGUCAACAUGAGUAUGGCCAUCGUCGCCAUGACAGACCCGGAUAACGAAAAUUCGUUCGAUUGGAGCAGUCAGCGGCAGAGCGUCAUCCUGUCCUCCUUCUUCUGGGGCUACGUGAUCCUGCAAAUCCCGGGCGGCGAGCUGGCGGCCAGGGUCGGCAGUAAGCUCCUCUUCACCAUCUGCAUCGGCAUCAACUCUGCGGCAUCAUUAGUUGUUCCAAUAGGAGCUGCAUAUGGAGGAUGGCAGUUAGUUUGUGCCUGUCGGGUUGUGCAAGGGUUGGCCCAAGGAAUCCUGUUUCCAUCGAUGCAUAAUAUAAUAGGAAAAUGGAUACCGCUGGAAGAAAAAAGCCGCUUAGGAACCAUCAUUUACUCUGGUGCUCAGCUAGGCACAGCGCUCCAACUCAUAGCAUCGGGAUAUAUAGCCCAGUACUGGGGGUGGCCUGCCAUCUUCUACGUGAACGGUACUCUAGGCGUCGUGUGGACCGUCAUCUACAUGUUCAUCGGGUCAGCGUCACCGAAAACCUCGCGCAUCAUCAGCGAAGAAGAGAAGCUUUACAUCGAGACCUCGCUUGGACAUGUUGGCGAGCAAAAGAAACUGAAAACGCCGUGGAAGGCGAUCUGGACUUCGGUGCCGUUCGUGUCGCUGAUCAUCGCACACUGCGGACACAACUGGGGCUUUUGGACACUUAUGACUGAAAUACCUUCCUAUAUGAAGCAAGUGCUGGGAGUUGAUAUUAAAUCGAACGGUGUCAUGUCUGCGCUUCCUUACUUGGCCAUGUAUCUGAUGAGUUUCCCACUAGGAUUCAUUUCCGAUUACACGCUCAAGAAGAAGUGGCUCAGUAUCACCGCUUGCAGGAAAAUAUCCAAUUCCGUUGGUCAAUGGGGACCGGCGCUGGCCCUCAUAGGGCUGUCGUAUGCCCCGGCUGACGCCACCAUAGCGGUUGCCAUUUUGACAGCCGUCGUUGGCUUGAAUGCUGGACACUACACUGGCUAUUUGUUGGUCCACAUCGAUAUGUCACCCAACUUCGCCGGUACUCUGAUGGGCAUCACCAACUGUAUCGCCAACACGAUCUCCAUAAUAGCACCGCUUGUAGCCGGCGUCAUUCUCACCGACCAGACUGACGUAACGCAAUGGAGGACGGUGUUCUACCUAUCAUCAGUGAUAUACUUCGUCGCGAAUUUGAUUUUCGUCGUCUUCGGCACGUGCGAGACCCAGGCAUGGAACGAGCCCGAAUCAGAGGACACUAAAGUUUCAGAUAGUACAACUCAGAAGAAAAUUGAAAAGGUGGUGUGAACCAUAACUACAUAUCUGUGUUUAGAGUUAUUUUAUUAUUGAAUAGAUAGGAAUACUUUUGUACCUCAGCAAACUUGUAUAUAUUAUUAUAUAUCAGCGAAAGUAUUAGUAUGAUAAUAAAGUUCACAAUUUAUACAAA